CCCCCCUUACUCCUCCCUCAGACUCGCUGAAUCGCUUAGCUUCACCUCGCCGCGCGCGCCUUUUUCCCCCUCUCCCUCCCUCCUUCCUUUCCCCUCUUCCGUGUGGGGAGGGGGAGGGGAAGUAGUAGAAGAGAGGCCGAGGCGCUUCCGGCGGGCGGGGGUGGGGCAACCCCGCAGCUGAGGGGGAAGAAGGAGGAGGAGGAGGAAAGCGCGCGCGAAGGAGGCAGCCACACGCAGAGACCAACGGGCCGGCGAAGCCCGCGAACCACUGAGGCGGCGGCGGCGGCAGAUUCCCGCCUCGGCCUCUCUUCCCUUUCUCCCUCUCCCUCUCCCCCCUUUCCUUCCUUUCCCUCCCAGUUUUUACCUCACGCUGCCGCCGCCUGCGCCGUCAUGGAGCUCAUUACUAUCUUGGAGAAGACCGUCUCGCCAGAUUGCACAGAGCUCGAAGCGGCUCAGAAGUUCUUGGAGCAGGCAGCCAUCGAGAACCUGCCUACUUUUCUUGUGGAACUGUCCAGAGUACUAGCAAACCCAGGAAACAGCCAGGUUGCCAGAGUUGCAGCUGGUUUACAGAUCAAAAACUCUCUGACAUCUAAAGACCCUGACGUAAAGGCCCAGCACCAGCAGAGAUGGAUCGCAAUAGAUGCCAAUGCUCGUCGAGAAGUCAAAAAUUAUGUUUUGCAGACCUUAGGUACAGAAACCUACAGGCCCAGCUCAGCAUCACAGUGCGUUGCUGGCAUCGCCUGUGCAGAAAUUCCCAUGAACCAGUGGCCUGAACUUAUUCCUCAGCUGGUAGCUAAUGUUACAAAUCAGCAUAGUACGGAGCAUAUGAAAGAGUCAACAUUGGAGGCAAUUGGCUACAUCUGUCAGGAUAUUGACCCAGAACAGCUUCAAGACAAAUCUAAUGAGAUUUUGACAGCCAUUAUACAGGGCAUGAGGAAAGAAGAGCCAAGUAAUAAUGUGAAGCUAGCAGCUACCAAUGCUCUCUUGAAUUCUUUGGAAUUCACCAAAGCGAAUUUUGACAAAGAGUCUGAAAGGCACUUUAUUAUGCAAGUGGUCUGUGAAGCAACACAGUGUCCAGAUACAAGGGUGCGAGUAGCUGCCUUACAGAACUUGGUGAAGAUUAUGUCCCUUUAUUAUCAAUACAUGGAGACUUAUAUGGGUCCUGCACUUUUUGCUAUAACGAUUGAAGCCAUGAAAAGUGACAUAGAUGAGGUGGCUCUUCAAGGGAUCGAAUUCUGGUCGAAUGUCUGUGAUGAAGAAAUGGACCUUGCUAUUGAGGCAUCAGAGGCAGCAGAACAAGGAAGACCUCCAGAGCAUACCAGCAAAUUCUAUGCCAAGGGUGCACUCCAGUAUCUUGUCCCAAUUCUCACACAGACACUGACCAAACAGGAUGAGAAUGAUGAUGAUGAUGACUGGAACCCGUGCAAAGCUGCUGGCGUCUGCCUCAUGCUCUUGGCUACCUGUUGUGAAGAUGACAUUGUUCCUCAUGUUCUUCCUUUCAUCAAAGAACACAUAAAAAACCCUGACUGGCGAUACCGAGAUGCUGCUGUCAUGGCAUUUGGAUGCAUUCUGGAAGGACCAGAGCCCAAUCAGCUCAAACCUCUUGUAAUUCAGGCUAUGCCCACCCUAAUAGAGUUAAUGAAGGACCCCAGUGUGGUAGUCAGAGACACAACCGCAUGGACUGUGGGUCGGAUCUGCGAACUACUCCCUGAAGCCGCUAUAAAUGAUAUUUACCUCGCUCCACUAUUGCAGUGUCUGAUUGAAGGCUUGAGUGCAGAGCCAAGAGUAGCCUCCAAUGUGUGCUGGGCUUUCUCUAGUUUGGCAGAAGCUGCUUAUGAAGCUGCUGAUGUCGCUGAUGAUCAAGAGGAGCCUGCAACAUACUGCUUAUCCUCAUCAUUUGAACUAAUAGUUCAGAAACUCUUAGAAACUACAGACAGGCCUGAUGGGCACCAGAAUAAUCUGAGGAGUGCUGCUUAUGAAGCAUUGAUGGAGAUUGUGAAAAACAGCGCCAAGGAUUGUUACCCUGCUGUCCAGAAGACAACUUUAGUCAUUAUGGAACGGCUGCAACAAGUGCUACAGAUGGAGUCCCAUAUCCAGAGCACAUCUGACAGAAUCCAGUUCAAUGAUCUUCAGUCUUUGCUGUGUGCCACUUUACAGAAUGUCCUCCGUAAGGUACAGCACCAGGAUGCUUUGCAGAUCUCAGAUGUGGUGAUGGCAUCUCUUCUGAGAAUGUUCCAGAGUACGGCAGGAUCAGGAGGUGUGCAGGAGGAUGCCCUCAUGGCUGUCAGCACCCUGGUAGAAGUGCUUGGAGGAGAAUUUCUCAAGUACAUGGAUGCCUUCAAACCUUUUCUGAGCAUUGGAUUAAAGAACUAUGCUGAAUAUCAGGUCUGUUUGGCUGCAGUUGGUCUAGUGGGUGAUUUGUGCCGGGCUUUGCAGUCCAACAUCCUGCCUUUUUGUGAUGAGGCCAUGCAGCUGCUGUUAGAAAACUUGGGGAAUGAAAAUGUGCAUCGGUCUGUGAAACCCCAGAUUCUCUCUGUGUUUGGAGACAUUGCUCUUGCAAUUGGAGGAGAAUUUAAGAAAUAUUUAGAAGUUGUGCUGAACACCCUACAGCAAGCUUCAACGGCCCAAGUUGAUAAGUCGGAUUAUGACAUGGUGGACUACCUGAAUGAGCUACGAGAAGGCUGUUUGGAAGCAUAUACAGGCAUCAUCCAGGGACUGAAAGGAGAUCAAGAGAAUGUGCAUCCUGAUGUGAUGCUCGUGCAGCCCAGAGUAGAAUUCAUCUUAUCUUUCAUUGACCAUAUUGCUACAGAUGAAGAUCAUACUGAUGGAGUUGUAGCCUGUGCGGCUGGCCUGAUAGGGGAUUUGUGCACAGCAUUUGGGAAAGAUGUCCUCAAAUUGGUAGAAACUAGGCCCAUGAUACAUGAAUUGCUAACUGAAGGAAGGAGGUCAAAGACGAACAAAACAAAGACUCUUGCUACCUGGGCCACUAAAGAGCUGAGAAAAUUGAAGAAUCAAGCUUGAUCUGUUACAUUGGGAUGACACCUGAGACCCCCACUGGAAAUCUCCAAUCUAUUGAGGAAAAAACCCAACCCGGAAGUGAGGAGUGUGCACGGAUGCUGAGUGUUUGGGAAUGAGAGGAUGAGUGAGUGAGAGGCUUAAAACACACCACGGUGAAAAUCCAGCCACGGCAAACAGCAGCAGCGCUGUUAAUGGAGCUAAUCACUGACUUGCGUAGCAACAAAAUCUUGUCAUCGCUUGCCUCCAGGAAGUGGGAAAAGAUUGAUUUCCAUACUUCAAUGUAGUCUCUUCUGACAAGAGGCAAGGACUAACUUCUGUGUCUUUUGGCCAGUGAAGAGGGAGAGAUGAAUAAGUCUGGGAGAGAGGAAAGCUAGCUUCAGGUUCAAUUGGAGUGCUCAUAUACUAAGUAAGGUCUGGCUUUCGUUGCUGGAGGGAGAGGAGGAUGUGGGAUCUCCAGCCCACCUCAGUCACCUUUUGGAGAGGGAGGGCAGUUUUGGGCCGCACAACGCUGUCAGUGCACGAGAGAAACGGGAAGGGUGAAGGAUUUUCUUUCGGGAGUGAGUGUGUGUGAAUGAGGCGGUAUCUACAUUCUCAACUUUAAGUCAUUGCAGUUAAUCUUUCCCAAAAGAAAUACUGAAGAGAUUAGCAGUUGCAUUUCAUAAAAAUAACAAGUUCAGUCUACUUGAAGCAGCAGAAGCGUAAGACAGUUUGGGGGGGAGGGGGGGAAAGAAGUCACUUUGCAUAUAAGGCUUCUUUAGGGAAUCGCUGGUGGGAUGUUCAAAGCUCCCGUCGUGACACUUUUUUCACGAUCUUAUUUCAUUAAAAAGCGCCUUUCCUUCCUGAAUUUUGUUCAACUGUGAAUGUAGAAAUCAGGGGUGGGGGGGGGGAGGGAUGUCCAGCUAAAACUCUCACGUGUUAUUAGAGAGAUUAGGAUUCACUUUCUCCAAAUGGGAUGUGAGGCUUUGAAAUAAAACACAGCUCUGCUCUGAAUUGGCAACAAAAAAAACCCCAAAGGGACAAAGCCCCUCUCUUGGCGUGAACAAAAUAGCCUGAACCACACACAACUGUGCCAAAGAGUUUAAAAGGAAACCAAGUCCAAACAGAAAAAAAAACUUCAGGAAAUUAUUUUGGAUUGCAAAAAAUAAGAUUGAAAUUCAAAUGUUGAAAAAAAAAAAGCAAAAAGAUAAAACUCCGAUUUGGAAACUGCUUGGCCUAUUUGUUUUCUUUAUUUGAUUCUGAUACGGUAUUAGUCUUACUGCACUUCAAAAAGGAAAAAAAUAUAUAUAAAUAUAUAUAUAUACUGAAUUGAGCUUACACAGGAUGGCACUUGUAAAAGGUUAUAUUUUUCCACUGCAGUUGAAGAUUAAUAAAAUGGUGUCAAACAUUCCCCCAGUACUACUUUUUUCUAUUGAUCUUUUCAGUAAACAGGAAGUCAAUUUUCCUUUUUUUUUUUACAACAGAAAAAAAGGAGAGCAGUUGGAUGGUCAGCUGUGUGUUAGGAUCAGUUACAGUGUACCUGUUAAUAUUUCAUAUAGUUCAUAACUAAAACAAUAUAUAAGGAUGAGAAGAGGCAGUAGUUCUUCUGUAGCUGUUUGGAAUUUUUAAAAGAAAGCAGGAAGGGAUGAGAGACACCUGCUUCUAACUAUGCAGCUAUUGAUGCUUAGGAGCUUUUAAACAUUUUCUGGCUUGCCUUGUAAGGUAGAGAUUUUAAUACCUUCCAAGAAGCAUUUUUUUAAAAAAAAAAAGAAAAGAAAAAGCUUCUCAUAUCCCUUUUCUGCCUCUGUACUUUCUCAGGCUCAUCCUGGGAUGCUCUUUAGUUGCCCAUCCUCAUUGGAAAGCAAGCAUGCCAGUUUCUUGUACAGGGUAUCUGACGUGUGCCUUUCAGUGCCAGGUUCAGAAUUGCAGCCCAAAGUGACGACUUCUUGAACCAGUGUACAGAAAAGACCAGGUGGCUAAGCAGGACAGUUCCAACAGGAGUCUGAAAGAUGGGCUUUUUGAGAGAAAAAACCUGGGUCCACCUUUUCUUAUUGCCUUUUUUUCUUUGGGGUGGGGUUUUCUUUGAAAGACACCCACAACACGAAAGCCAUUCCUGAAUUGGGGAGAGAGGUGUGUGAAGGGGAGAUCUGAUCAUUCCUCAGUGCUACUGAACUCUGUCCAGUGUUGGCUAUUCAGCUGUAGGCUGCAGGCGAAUAAAGUACACUGAGUUAGUAGUGGAAACCAAA